AUGCCCCGUCUUCCGGACAUGGCAGGUGUCAUCAAGCAAGCAGACCAGAUUGUCCAGGACAUUACGGAAUUUCUCCUGGGCGGCGGCAGCAGCAGCAGUUCUCUUUUGGUGCCGCAGAUCCCAAGCGGCGCAAAGAAGGCAUUAGCAGCCGAAAAGAACAAGAAAAGCAGGGGCCUUCUUCGUGCGCAGGCAAGUAUCGAGGACCAGAAGAGCGGGUUCCGUAUUAACUGCGCAGCAGCAAAACUGACCGAGGCAGAGGUGGCGCAGGUUCACAGCACCAUCUUUGAGGACAUGGACAGCCUGGGGAGUCUUGUUGACUUGCUGAAGGCUGUGAGACAGAACAUCGGGGAUGCUGGUCUCGGUGUAGAGGGUACUGCAACAAGGGCUUUCAGGCUGCCUAAGGAUGCUAAGGCAAUGGUUGUCAAGUUGGGAAGAGUGGCAGCAAGCUUGUAA